AUGAUGGCCUCUGCUCUCUCCUUACAGAAAUUCCCAGCAAUCAACGCCACAAUAGAAGGUAACGAGGUGGUGUACCGAGAGUACGUGGAUGUGAGCGUGGCUGUGGCGGCUCCUUCUGGGCUGCUCGUUCCCGUCGUCCGGGACUGCCACGCCAAGCCCUGGCACCAGCUAGAACAGCUUUCUACUGCGGUACUUGCUGCUACACUUGCUGCUGCUGCUGCUGCUGCUGCUGCUGCUGCUGCUGCUGCUGCAGGUAUGCACGGCGUCACAGACAGGCCCGUUGUGCGGAACGGCCAGAUCGUCAUUCGACCCAUCAUGUACCUGGCUCUGACCUACGACCACCGGCUGAUUGAUGGCCGGGAGGCGGUGUUGUUUUUGUGCAGUGUAAGAGACUAUAUACAGGACCCUAGGCGGAUGCUUCUAGGUUUAUAA